AUGGGAAUACUCUAUUCAGAGCCCAUUUGCCAGGCAGCAUAUAAUAAUGAUUUCAAUGAAGUUCAGCUCCUUUUGGAUAAAAACAGCAAUUAUGUGAAUAUCCAGGACAGCUUCGGUGGAGAUACCCCUUUAAUUUGUGCAUGCAAACAGGGAAACAACAGAAUAGUUAGCUAUCUUCUAAAACGAAAUGCUGAUGUCAACCUCAGAAACAAGAAGGACCGCACUUGUCUGCAUUAUGCUGUAAGAAAACGGUUUACCUUCCUUGACUAUGUGCUCAUCAUAAUCCUCAUGCCAGUUUUGCUUAUUGGAUAUCUUCUCAUGAUCUCAAAAACUAAGCAGAAUGAAAACCUGAUCAAGAUGUUGCUUAGGGCUGGAGCUGAUGUUAAUGCUACAGACUUUUCUGGUAGCACAGCCCUUCACUAUGCUUGUGAAAUGAAAAACCAGGCGGUCAUUCCUCUGCUGCUUGAAGCUAAUGCAGAUGCUUCUGUAAAGAAUCAGGAUGGGGAGACUCCUUUAGAUAUUGCAAGAAGAUUACAGUUCAGCAACAUUGAAAGCAUGCUAAGGAAAACUUCCUAG